AGAACUGGUAAAAUUCUGCUCCACCUAAAUCCAGUGAGAGCUGGUUGGGCCAGACGCAGCAGGAGCUGCAAGAAAUCUAGUGGCAUCCCAAGAUCAGAGACCAAGGGAUCCGCUACUGCCGUUUCCGAAGGGUUUGACAAGAUUAGAUUAUUUCAGUCUGCUGUGUUGUGGCCCUCAUCGAUGUCCCGUCAUGCUGUGUCAUUGUGUUCUCCCCUUGCUCGGAGUCUUUGCAAAUCUUCUUUCAUUGUCUUCGAGUCAGAAUGGGAUCAUUGCAUCGCCUGUUUCAACAUCUCCUGAAUCUGCCGUGACAGCUUCUAAUUCUGCCCAGCCCCUAUCUCUUAGCCAAAUGUUGUUGAUGGCUUCCACAAGUUCGGAUGCAUUGAUCCCUCUCGCUAGUGCUUCCAGCCCACCUAUCUCUGCCCUAACUGGACAAGAUGUCUCUGUCAGUGAGGAAGUGAGAUCUUCAACAGUUGAUGACUUCAGGCCCUUUGAGCAGACCACCAGCAGCAGCACAGGCUUCCCACAAAUCCUCACUUCGGACUUUUCAUCAGGCAGCACUGUAGCCAUCACCUCGAUGAGUCAAUCGAGUGAGUCAACAACUCAAUCCAGCACAUUUCCAGUCUUCAAACCUUCAACUCAAACCAAUCCAUCCACUAUCAUCGAAUCUUCAACUCAGCCCAGUCCCUCCACUAUCAUCGAAUCUUCAGCUCAGCCCAGUCCCUCCACUAUCAUCGAAUCUUCAGCUCAGCCCAGUCCCUCCACUAUCAUCGAAUCUUCAACUCAGCCCAGUCCCUCCACUAUCAUCGAAUCUUCAGCUCAGCCCAGUCCCUCCACUAUCAUCGAAUCUUCAGCUCAGCCCAGUCCCUCCACUAUCAUCGAAUCUUCGACUCUAACAAACCACUCCCAGGUCUUUGAUUCCUCCAGCCAUAGCCCUGUUACCAGCGCAGUCACCUCGCAGUCUGCCUCUCCACCUACACAAUCGAGAACCAUCAGUCUAUACUUGAUCAUCCCUCUGAUAUUGGGCCUCGCCUUCAUUAUCAUCAUCAUCGUCAGCUGUUUGUUGGCCAGGAGGAAGAGGGGGCACUCACAGGCCUUUGUACUCCAGGCUGGGAAGAGGAAAAAGAAAACAGAUGAUACCUGGGCAGGAAAAGUCACACUCCCCGAGGAUGGAGAGUCCAAUGAGGCGGCCGAGGACAAAAAAGAUGAGGAUUUGAGCUCCAAACGCCUCUCCCUGUCAACUUUCAAAAGGAAGUCCAUGGCACCGACAUCGUCAGUUCUUGAUGUGGAGAAGGGCCCAGACUUGGAACUGGAAGUGCAGGAACCUCUCCUGUCUAAUGGCCUGAGCUCAGGAAGUAUAGUUCCACAGGACGCACCCUCGCAGCCAAACAACACAGUCUCCAAGAAUGAGAAUGGUGUGGUUCCUGUCAAUGAUCUGCCUCCCCCUGACCCACCCCUUGACACUUCCCAGGGGCUGGCACCAGAAUCAGAGGCUCCUAAGACUGCUUUCUGAGCGCCUCAUGUCUCUGCGCCCUUUCGGCUUCCUUCCCCAACACGUUCCCAUCUCCCCGUGCCCCAUUCCUGACACCACAACCCUCUUCACAUGUUGGGGAAAGGGGAGAUCGCCUCAAGAAUACGCUUUCAACUUCAAUGCAGAACAGUCUUUCCGGGCUGAAUGGUCUCCUCCUGUUCGUGUGUAACAGCCUGGAGGAGGGGCUGAAUGGUCUCCUUCUGUAGCUGUUUCUCCUUCUGUGUCCAUUUACGUUGGUGGAUUUUCACUUCAGGCAGAAUUUUUUUUUGCCAGAUCCUGAGAAACACUGUCUAUCUGCUCUAAACCCCCGGGAGGGUCAGUGUUUCCCCACCCCAGUCCUCUGGGGGCAGUCAGUGUCCCCCUCCCCCAUAGCCCAGGGACAGUUAGUCCUCGUACUCCAAGGAGAGAGGAUGGAGGUGCUGUAAGCUAAGAUUUGGAUUUAUUUUAGGGGUGACUAGAUCUCUCACCUUGGGGAGAGUUAGUGCCACGUCCUGGAGGUUGUAAAUUUUUGACAGGAUUUGGUUUGAGCUUACUCAUCUGUAGACAGCCUUUGAGGAAUUUUACUUCAUUAUUUUCCAAUAAAGUUCAAAUCAAACCUA